UUCACUGUUUUACUUCAAGCACAACGUCUCAUAAUUCCCAAAUUUCCCACACCAUCUGAAGCAUCCACCCUGUCUGCGCUUUGAUUGACACUUUUUCGGCUUGCGUUAUGCGCGGAUAUCGAGCGGGUUACAGCUGCAAACUGCUUUGAACAGAAGAUAAAACAAGGUCCACGUUUACAGACCCCCUGCCACACCAAUGCAUCAGUGUAAAAAGGUCCAAACAGCCUUGCAACGACCAAGAAAAUGUUAGCACUGAGCUAGCCAGUGCUAGCUGGUGUUGCAGCGGUCAGUGAAUGGCUACGCAGAGACCAGUGCCGACUCCCCACUGAGGCAAGCUGUUUGUGUUUACCAAAACCCAUCACGAUAAGUUACUACUGUGCAGAAAUCAGACUACGUUUUUAGCCUCAAAGUUGUGUGAGAUGACAAUGUCUUUAACGGGAAGACCUUUGACAUGGGGAGUAAAAUGUCCUUCAGCAGAGGAAGCAGUGACCAAAAUCCAGUGUCUGAGUUAACUCCUGCGGCAUCGCAUCCUCACCAUACCAUACAUAACGCUUCGGACUGCAAGCAGAUACCUGAAGAUGAGAGAUGCAGUGAAGAAGACCUGGACUCCAGGUGGAAGGAGGAAAUGAAAAAAACAGAACUGAAUCAUCCUGCAUCUGAAUCCCAAACAUCGGGGAUCGUUGAGUCUGAUGGCCGUGUUAACUUUGAAACAGCAGGUAGAACACGCAACCAACACAGUGACAACAUAUUGCCGCAGGUAGGAAUGGAAGCAAAGUCUCAGAUGGCAUCUGCAAGUGUGUGCAGCUCUACAACGGACCGUCUUGGGCUGCCUGUGGAGAAACACAGGAAACCUGGACGCCCGCGGAAAAUAAAGUCAUCGUUGACUAAAGACAAUAAAUACCCAGAUUCUGCUGGUUUUGAUGCAGUUCAACAUAAGGAGAUCAGCACGACAAUACCUUUGCCAACAUGUUUAGAGAACUACAACAGUAAGGAUGUGUCUAACACUAUAGACGGGGCUCCUCAAUGUGUCGUUGUGCUGCCUAAACGGAAAAGAGGCAGACCACGAAAAACAGAAAUCUCAGCUUAUAACGCUAUGGUUGCUAAGACUGAUGCUGCUAGUUCUUGCGCUUCUUCAGCUAAUGCUUAUAAUGCGAGCGACCGUGCACGAACACUGAGGAGUAAAGCUGAUCAACAUCCUUCGACACAGGAUGGAAAGCCUGAUUGUGAUACCAAGGAAGACCUCGAGCACAAUAGUAACAUAUUGAACUUUCAAGGUUUUAUGAGAAAAAGAGCUGAACAGGCUGAUCAGCGGGUUCCAGCAAAAGUGUCCAUAAUGGAUGUUUCCCAGGAGGCCUGCGCACUGUUGAGCAAUGGCACAGACUGUGGGGAAAGGGCAGAGACAGAUAAGCAGAUGGACAUUAACACAGACAAGCAAGAGGUCAGUACAGACGAGAGGAGCUGCCACCUCUCCCCGCAGUCUGGAGGAGAACAAGAGCAGCAGACAGAGCCUAAAGGUAUUCCUUCAAAGAGUUUGAACGAGGUAGGCCAAACUUUAAGGAACAUGAAAGACAGGGAGGAAUUACAUUCCAAUAUUACAUUUGAAUCACAAAAUAUAGAAGCCUUACAGAAAACAGUAGCCGUAACAUCCUCUCAACCACUAACUACACCUGCAAGCGUGCCCCCUGCUGUUAAAACUGAGAAAAUAGAAAUUGAGCAGGAUAUGUCAAAUAGUCUUGAAUCUUUACAUUACAAUGCCAACACCACACCUGAUGUUCCAAACUCCUAUUUCAGGCGCAGGAGAGGCGGCAAGAGACGGAGGAGAAUAAGUAAUGUUUUGUUGCAGAGAGAAUCGCUGGUCCAGGGCCAAACAGGAAGUGAUGACACUAAGGAGGCCAACUCAGAUAUCAGCUACAUUAUAAAAGGGGGGAAAACUUUGAUGAAAUGUGGUUACUGUGAGCAAACAUUUAAAUUUCACUCUCAGUUUGUCAUCCAUCAACGCAUUCAUACAGGAGAGCGACCUUUCAAAUGCCCUGAAUGUGGAAAAGGUUUUAGCAAAAAUUCUAACUUAAAUCUUCAUCUCAAGACGCACAAUAAGAGCAACAUGUAUCAAAAAUGUCCAUUUUGCAAGAUCAAAUUCUCUUGCUCAGAGUAUGCCUCUCAUAUGAGAAUGCAUGCACACAACCAGGACUUUGAGGACAACAGAUCUGAAAGACGCAGCAGAGGGAACCACCAGGAAAAGAGUCAGGGGCGUCAGAGAAACGUUUCGCCUGAAAAGAAAGAGAAGAAAGUGUGCCAGUACUGUGGUAAAACAUUCCCGUUUCAGUCUGCCCUCAUCAGACAUGUGCGUGUCCACACUGGAGAGAAGCCUUAUAAAUGUGAUAUAUGUGGCAAAGCUUUCGGUCAAGCUUAUUUCCUCCGAGUUCAUGAGCUGACACACUGGUCUGUGAAGCGUUACAACUGUACCCGCUGUGAGAAAUCAUUCACUCAUUACAGCAAUGCAAAAAAUCAUACCUGCAAACCCUCGGCAAGCAGUGACGAAUUACAACCCAACCGACGUGUAAAGCCUUCACUAACCUACACGUGCCACAUCUGCAAGAAUAUUUUUGCCCAUCUGCAGGAGUUCAACAGCCAUAUGAGAGAACACACCGGCGCAAAGCUCUAUCGCUGCUUGUAUUGUGACAAGCUGUUUGGUGUGCUGUCUGGAUUUAAUGCCCACCGCAGUCAGUGCAGAGGAGAGAAGAAUCACAGCUCCAGCUUUGAGAUAAAAGCAGAAGAAACAAUGUCAUUAAUUCAGUACACUGUGCCUGCUCUUAGGUGUGCAUCAGGACACAAUUCAGCUUCUCUCCCAGCUGGAAAUUGUGAAACACUCAAAAAAUCACACGCCAGCCCCAAGAAACGCCUUGCUAAAGUAAAACAAUGUUUCCAGUCGACAGUCGUACCGGCUCAUCAUAUCUCACACUUUGUCUCAAAGUUAAAUAGCCUUGAUAACGGCUCAGACCCCAGGAAAUAUUUUUGUCCAAGCUGCGGGCGGCUGUUCAGACACAUGGGCCGACUCCGAGCCCACAUGCUUACCCACGGCCCUGGUCAAAGUUAUACCUGCUCCUGCUGCGGAAAGACUCUAGAGAACUGGAACAAACUUUGGCGUCAUCAAAGAAUCCACCGACAGAGAAGUGGUCGCUUUACUUGUCCCCAGUGCGGUCAAGGUUUUCGGUUUGUGGGAACAUACAAAAAACACAUGAAGGAGCACGCAGAGGUGCAGUGGGUUCAGUUCAGGCACAAAAAAGGGUUUCGGCCUCAUCAAUGUGAUGAGUGCAGGUGCAGCUUUAAGACUAUAGAUUUGCUGUUCAGUCACCAGCUUUGCCAUUCCUCAAUGCACAAGGACUCUGAUUUUGAUCUACUCAUAGAUGAUAGCACUACACAAUCCACCAAGAGCAACCACGAAGCUACAUUUAGUUCAGAUCCUGAGGUGAACAACUGUCUUCCUUGCCCCGUAUUCCAAUGUUCAGUAACUCAAGAGUUUCCUCUCGCGCCAAUGAGUUCUUCGAUCCAAAGUAAGCAUCUGGAUUUGGGUAAGAAUACCAAGCAACCGAGCAGCACACAUUAUAUCCAAGACAGAGAAACCAGCUGUGACAGAAAAGAUGAAAAUGCACUUCGAAAACCUAUUACUACUUUGAGAACUGGGAAAAGACAUGUGAGCCAAAAUGCCAGCACAUCACAUGAAGGCUCUGUAGAUGGUAUUAAGUGUGCUGUGUGCGGUAAUGCAUAUCCUGCCAUUUCAGACCUCUAUCACCAUUAUUUGCAGCAUGCUAGAGGCCAGCUGUAAUAACUUAAACAGAGACACAACGCACAUUGUAUGUGUUUAUCAUUUUUUUUAAUACAUUCUCUAACAGGGGCUUCUUUUGUCCUAGAUUAGAAAAGGUUGUCAUUUACCCACAUGGUAAUGUUAUGGGAAAUGUAAUGCAGCAAAAAGGAAGAUUACUCAUGUUUUCAACCCGUUUACAGAUUCUGAAAUAUACUGAAUGUACAAAAUAUUAGGGACCCUUUUUGUUUUGUUUAGAUCAUUAAGACAUUUGAGGAAGAAGUUAUGAGCCUACUUUAGUUCAUAUAGUUUCCUUUCUGUCCAAAAGUAACGCAAUACAGAUAGAAAGAACAUUUCAAAAGGGUUUAUUACAAAUCAUGCCUUUUCUUGACUCUUGCAAAGGAAAUCAAAAAAUGUUCAGAGACAUUAAUGUAUAUUUGCUUUGUUCUGUUCUCCAACAGGGACUCCUCUUCGCAUUAUGUUUUAACAUUGAAGGUGAAUAUAUCCGUUUAACUUGUGCGCACAUUUUUCCUUAUCAAAUUGUCGUUAGCGUUUUCUCUAUUAUGCUCAAUGUAAAAAAAAUCUACUUAAAAACACACAUUUGACACCUGAAAAAAAAGGCAACAGGAAUUGUUGUUAAACAUCCAUAUUUGUUUCACUGCCUGCUUGAUUUUUGUAUAAUCAUAAAAAAACUGUUUCAAAUGUGUUUCAAAGAUACUCUGUGAAUAUGGUUGUAUGCUAUAGUUUGUCUUAAAACCAA